UUUUCCCGGGCGGUGAUGGCGCGCACGGGCGCCGGGAGACAAGGGCCGUUGUAGCGGACUGAGCGGCGGGCCGGAGGCGGCCCUAGCGCCCGGUCGCGCGCCAUGGCCCCCAUGGGCAUCCGCCUGUCCCCGCUGGGGGUGGCCGUGUUCUUCCUGCUGGGGCUCGGGGUGCUCUACCACCUCUACUCGGGCUUCCUGGCCGGCCGCUUCAGCCUGUUCGGCCUGGGCGGCGAGCCGGCGGCGGACGGGGCGGCCGAGUCGGCCGGCGGCGACGGGGGCGCGGUGGACCUGCGCGAGAUGCUGGCCGUGGCGGUGCUGGCGGCCGAGCGCGGCGGCCAGGAGGUGAGGCGGGUCCGCGAGAGCAACGUCCUCCACGAGAAGUCCAAGGGGAAGACGCGCGAGGGCGCCGAGGACAAGAUGACCAGCGGCGACGUGCUCUCCAACCGCAAGAUGUUCUACCUGCUCAAGACGGCCUUCCCCAACGUGCAGAUAAAUACUGAGGAACAUGUGGAUGCAUCUGACAAGGAGGUCAUUGUAUGGAAUCGUAAGAUUCCUGAGGACAUCCUGAAGGAAGUAGUUGUUCCUAAAGAAGUACCUGCGGAAAGCGUGACUGUCUGGAUUGACCCGCUUGAUGCUACCCAGGAGUACACGGAGGAUCUUCGGAAUUAUGUCACUACCAUGGUGUGUGUAGCUGUGAAUGGCAAACCUGUGCUAGGAGUUAUUCACAAGCCAUUUUCUGAAUAUACAGCUUGGGCAAUGGUAGAUGGUGGUUCAAAUGUGAAAGCCCGCUCCUCCUACAAUGAGAAGACCCCAAAGAUCAUUGUAUCUCGCUCUCAUGCAGGGAUGGUCAAACAAGUUGCUUUACAGACCUUUGGAAAUCAGUCGUCAAUCAUCCCAGCUGGUGGUGCUGGUUAUAAAGUUUUAGCACUCUUGGAUGUGCCUGACGUGAGUCAAGAAAGAGCAGAUCUGUAUAUUCAUGUGACAUACAUCAAAAAGUGGGAUAUCUGUGCUGGCAAUGCUAUUUUAAAAGCCCUUGGGGGGCAUAUGACCACUCUGAGUGGUGAAGAGAUCAGUUACACUGGGUCCGAUGGCAUUGAAGGGGGACUCCUUGCUAGCAUUAAAAUGAAUCACCAAGCUCUGGUCAGAAAACUCCCAGAUUUAGAAAAGUCAGGACAUCAAUAAGCAUUCCUAAGCAGAGUGCAACUCCGUGAAUUGUUCAGCCUGAACUUUCGGAAGCUUCAAAGGACUGGUGGAGACUAUGCAUGGUUAAGGCCAUCCUGAACUUAGGAAGUACUUAUGAAGCAUCAGAGACUUACUUUCCCUGAAAUAGGAUGUAAAAUCAGGGAAAUUAGGUUGCUUCAUUUCUCAAGUAUUGUCUUUAUUUUUGAGACUAUUUUCAUACAGUUGUCAUACACAAGGCAUAUAUAUAUAUAUAUGUAUGUGUAUAUAUAUAUAUAUAUUUGUGUAUUAAAAUCUAGCUAGGUCUACACUGUUAUGAGUCACCAUUUUCACUCAAAUGAUGAGUCUACACUGUUGAGAAUUUCGUAUAGAAUUGGGUUUGAGGAAGGCUUCAUUUUGUAUAGAUGUGUAGUGUACUUUUGAGGUUGUAUCUUACUGAAAAUAAAGUCAUUGGUGAUUUUUACUCCUCACAUGGAAAGCACAAGAAGUCUCAUAUUCAUUAAUUGCAACAAGUGUUCUGGUCAUCUGCCAUUUCUAUGGAUUUAGUAGAAAAGGCUAUAAACAGAUUUUUUUCUCUGAAACUUCACUAACAGAUUCACCAGCUGAUAGAAAGUCUAGACAAAUGAUGAGCUGCGCUAGAGUUUUCGUGAUGUAGACUUUGUUUUCAUCAAAGUCUAUCUAUGGUUCCAACAUUUCUGCCAUGUUACUGUUGACUUUCAUUUCCCCUUGGAAGAUGUAUUCAUCCAUUCUUUCUCUGUUGAGCUGGAAGUUGGCUUUAAGCUUCAAUAUUAGCAUUAUGAGUUCUAUAUUUUUUAUUCGAGAUAAAAUAUGCUGUAAGACACUAUAAGAAUAUAAAUGAUUUUCUAAUAAUUGAAAGUUAUUUCACAUUAAAUGGACUGACUGGUCUUCGUUAUUUUUCAGGAAUUUGGUUUCAGCAAAUUUUUGCAUCCUUGCCAGGUUUAACAGUAGAGAUUCCCUUAUUAUCAAAAAUGGGCACAGUUCCUUUUUAACUUUAAUGGACUUAAAAUAACCACAUUCUCAAAGAAAUUACUUUUAACCAUAAUCCCGUUGUUUUCUCUCAGAUUACUGUCAUGAAACUGACGAAAAAUUCUCCCCUAUUCAGUUGGCAGAAUGUGGUUAGAAAAAGAGAUGAUGGCAUUUGUCACGUUGCUGACUAAGCUUGCUUUCCAAGCUGUGUUUUCUGUUGCUCUAAGAACUUGUUUUUGUUGGUGUGUUUUUUCUUAGCGUGAUCUAGAAAAUUGAUGUAUCAUGUUUUUUCAUGUGGCUUUGAUACCCUUCUAAACUUGAAUGAGUAAUUUCUCAUAUUUUCUUUUCUUAAAAACAUAACCCUAAAGCAGUUUUCUGUUUAUUUUCCUAUCUUAGAGGUAAAAUUGAGCCGAGUGGCCAUGCUAGCCUGAUAGACACACCUCAUGUAGGUUUUCACGUCAUGAGGUGCAAGGCCCCGGUGGUUCCUCAGUAGUGGACGGAAUCUUAGUGCUGUACAGAGCUCUCCCCAGACCUAGCUAGCAUUGCCUUCAUGCAGUGAAAAGUCCAAGUUCUGUAAGUUGGAAACUUAAUGUUUAUGUAGCAGGAGUUGUGAGUGUUGACAACAGUUUCUGACACUAAUUACUUAGCAAUAUGACAAGAGAAAGCAAAUGCUGCUUUCUCCAGAGAUGACAGAAGCAGGUCCUCACCAGAGUCCUGUGACACAGACAUUUGUUUUCUCCAGAGAUGACAGAAGCAGGCCCUCACCAGAGUCCUGUGAUACAGACAUUUGCUUUCUCCAGAGAUGACAGAAGCAGGCACUCACCAGAGUCCUGUGAUACAGACAUUUGUUUUCAUUGUAAUAUGUCAGAACAGGAAAUGGAAUGUGAUUGAAAAUGUUCUAAUGUGCGGAAACUUAUCAUUCAGUAGAAGCAAAACUAGUUCAUAUUAGCAAACAAGAUUGUUUUUAAAUUUCAUUAAUCUAUAUAACUAAGGAUAUAAACAAUGUGUGUUAAGCUCAAAAGAUGUUGGCUGAGAGUUGAAAGUAUUAUUUUAUAAUUUGUUGGUGUUGUCUAGUUACUAAUGAUUUUACAUACUUAUAUAGACAUUUAUAGUUCAUUUUUAAAAAAUUUGUUUAAGAGCCAAUAUACAUUACAAGGAAAAUGGUAUUUAUAUUUAUUUAUGAGGUAUUAUUGUGCCAGAAUGUACUAGCCAUAGAGUAUGUAAUAUCUCUCAGAAUUAACAUUAAAUUGUUUUAUUUCUAAACAUAACAAACUAAGCAAGUUUACAUUUGGAAGUGCACCUCUUUUCCCUUUGGUAGAAGCAGAGACAUCAGAGCCUCGCCUGUCUCCUAGGCCACCCAUCAGUCCCUUUGCACCCUGCCCUAUGUUUCCUUUUGGCCCUCUUUCUUAGCUGCUGUGCCACCUUGCCCCGUGCUUAACCCAGAUUUCUUCUAUAAACACAUUCCUCUUUAUAUUGGCCACUGAACACUGAAUUGAGACUUUGGUAAAGUUCACAGUGAAAGUGAUCAAUCCUGGAAGAGAUCUGGUUAGCCAUUAUUUUUGAGAAGUAAAGAAAAUCACCUUCAAAACCUUAAA